AGCUCACCAGUACUGAAGAGGCCAAGCGCUGGCUGAGGCUCACACACAGAGAAACUUUCACCCUAAGUAGAGCACCUCCUACACUGCUCCUCGGGUGUGGAGACAGAAUUACCCAAACCAGCAGGCUCUAUCAAACUAAUUCAUGAUCAUAUAAACAUGGGAAAAGAAGCCCAGCCAAGACCCAAGGUAAACGUCUCUCCUUACAUCCACUUUAUGAUGAAUUUCAGAAACAAAUUCAAGAAGCAACACCCACACACCAACCUUGGCUUUAAGGAAUUUUCUAGAAAGUGUUCGGAAAAGUGGAGAUCCAUCUCAAAGUGUGAAAAGGCAAAGUAUGAAGCCUUAGCCAAGCUUGACAAAGCCCGAUACCAGGAGGAAAUGAUGAAUUAUAUGGGGCCAAGAAGGAAGAGAAGGGUGAGAGACCCCAACACACCUCGGAAGCCCCCUUCUCCCUUCCUUCUCUUCGCCCAGGACCACUACGACACGCUGAAGCAAGAAAACCCCAACUGGACAGUGACGCAAAUAGCCAAGGCUGCCGGAAAGAUGUGGUCGAAGACUGCUGAUGUGGACAAACUACCCUACAAAAAGAAGGCUGCACUUAUGCGCGAAAAGUACUUCAAAGAGCAGAAGUCUAUCUAAACAAAUGCCGUGGCAGGAAGAGGAGCUUCCAGUGAAUAACCAACAUCAGUUCAAAACAAUUAAACAGCACCAACAUCAGUUCGAGAAACAAUUAAACAGAGUUCAACUGGC